GCGAGCGAGAGAGAGAGAGAGAGAGAGAGAGAGAGAGAGNGAGAGAGAGAGAGAGAGAGAGAGAGAGAGAGAGAGAGAGAGAGAGAGAGAGAGAGAGGAGGAGGAGGAGGAGGAGGAGGAGGAGGAUGGAGUGCAUUGGCUGCAGAGAGUCGUGGCUGGGCGGUUUCACGGCCAACUUGGAAUUAGACUUCUCGUCCUCGUCGUCCUGCUCUCAGAGGUCUGCAUGUAGGGAAUUGGACGGCCGGAUCCUAUUCAGGAGUCGGAAAUUGGGAAGGAUAGGGUAUGGGGGCUAUGGUGGAUUUUGUCUUCGUCGCUGGAAGUUGUCGUCUUCUUCCUCGCUUGCGGCUAUGGGCGAAAGAAGCUGGGAGAAUCGGCGACGGUCUCCUGCAAGGCACUAUAUGGGGGGAAGAAGACGAGAAUGGGAGGAUGGAGAUGGUGGAGAUGUAAGGGAGAGGGAGCGGAUAGAAUGGCCCAUGCACGUGGAUCGAAUCUCCAGUGUGACCAAUCACUUUGUGCGGCAAUGUGUGCGACUUCGACAGAGCAGGAGCUACAGGAAUGAACGAGGGGUAGUACUUGUGGUCGGCCGCAUUCCCCUAAGUGAAAUCAUCAGUGCUUGGGGACAGGACGGAGAGGAUGGCGAGCUCAAAGGUGGUGGUGUAGAAAUUGAGGUUCUUAUGUUGCUAGAAGGGCUGCCUAUGCCAGAGGACAUGCCAGCCCGUCAAACUGUCUAUGUGACGCCGUCGGUUAUGCGUAAGCUCUCAGGAGUUGAAAGCGCUGAAGGAGUGGAGAUGGUUGCCAUCCUCAGAAAACCUGCUAGUUUUACAGCCUUUGGACCUGCCACAAUAAGCAGCUUCGACAAGGCUGAACGAUGGUGCCCCUCUGCGAACCGCCUCCUCGCACUUGAUGGCGUGCAGGACCCUGGGAACCUGGGCACGUUGCUUCGGACAGCGGCCGCCCUAGGGUGGGAUGGGGUGUUCUUGCUCCCUGGCUGCUGCGACCCCUUCAACGAAAAGGCGAUCCGCGCAUCAAGAGGUGCCGCUUUCCAUAUUCCCGUUGCCGUCGGGGACUGGUCCCAGCUCCGUGCCAUGCUCUCCAGGAGGCGAGUCGCCUGUUACAGCGGGGAGCCUCACCAGCCAUUGACGUCAUCAUCGAUGAGGUCUUCUCCGGAUGCCAUGCGGAAGAAGAUAGACAGGGCCUCUCUUGAGGACUGUGUUUGCCUUAUCCUUGGGAGUGAGGGGCAAGGGUUGUCUCAAGAGGCAAGGGAAGUCUCACAGCCCCUUGCGGUGCCAAUGGAAGGCCACUUAGAGUCUCUCAAUGUGGCUGUUGCGGGAGGAAUACUCAUGCUGCUGCUGCUGAUCCUCGUUGUCCUGUUGCUGCUCCUCGUGCUUCUCUUCCGCGUGUGCAUCCUUGGGAACGUGCCGCCGCGUCAACGCAAAAGAAGGUCUUCGAUGAAGGACGCCAGGAUGGAGGCACGGCAGGCGAUCCCCCGGUCCGGUGGGGAGCAGGUCGGAGGGAGGCGGUGUGGGGGGAGCCUGUCGACCGUUGGCAGGGCCUCCCAGCGGGUUGGGUAUGAUGCAUUGCCACCGCACUUGCAACCACUCCCCGGCUCAUCGGACGAGGAGGAGGUGGUGGAGAGACGACCACAAACCGUGUCGUUGGGCAGCGGAUCAACGCAGGAGUGGACAGCCACGGAGCUGUGCGGGACGAGCGGCGACAUGUACGAGCAGUCGUUCACUGAACUCCUUCGGCCUGGCCUUGGCGAAGACGAAGGAGAUGGCCGCGUCAACCUGUCGUUUGGUUUGUCCACCAGGCGGUCUACAACUCCAUCGCGCACAGUGCUCGUGCGACCCCACCCCGACGACGAAGGCGGGCAAUUGACAGUUGUUGAUCGAUCAGCGAGGACGAGGGCGUUGGCGAGUGAGACGGCGGGAACGAACCGGAACUCGUCGAUGCCCCAACCACGGGCGGCCUCUCUGUCCAAGGGCGCCCAGGGCCGUGGCAUCGGAGUUGACGGCGGGACCGACUUCUUGGAUGUUGGUAAUGGUCGCGACGGGAGGGAGGUGUGGAGGGACCUGCGGCGGGAUCACCGGCUGCGGCGAGAGGAAUACAUCACACGGGGGGUGGAGCGUCUUCACGUGGGAGACCGGGAGAACGAGAACGAGACAGACGAUCCACCUGCGGAAGCAGACGACGACUACGACGACGACGACGACGACGACAACGACGACGACAACGACGUAGAGUGUGGGGAAGGGGGGAGUGGUCACGCGUCGCCAUCGUUGCAGAGCGACAUGGCUGGUAAGGGUGGGAAGUCCAAGCCUUCCGGCCGCAAUGCUCGUCCGCGGGCGAAGAAAGGGCAGGGAAAGGGGAGCGGUGGCGAAGGCGACGGUGAUGCAGAGGAGAAGCGCAACUUCUGGUCCGUGGAACACAUUAUAGCCCUCAUAAGGGCUAAACGUGACCAAGAUGCGCAUAUGCAGGGGAUGGGCCACGCAUAUGCACGGAUGAAACCGCGGGAAUGGAAAUGGCAAGACGUCGCCCAAAGGUUGAAGAACGUCGGUGUGGACAGGAAUGCGGAGAAAUGCGGGAAGAAGUGGGACAAUCUAAUGCAGCAGUUCAAGAAAGUCCAUCACUUUCAAUCACCGUCAGGGGGUGCUGACUUUUUCCAGUUGACGUCGAAGGAGAGGGCGAGCAGGGGCUUCAAUUUCACGAUGGAUCGCGCAGUUUAUGACGAGAUAGAGGGGUCGACUGGGAUGAACCACACCAUCCACCCGAAGAACGUGGCAGACACCGGUGAGUCUGGCGGCGUGCGCCCGCCUUCGACGUCUUACGUGGAUCCUGAAUCGGUGGCGGACGGGGAAGGAGGUGCAGGGCGAGAAGACGACGAGGAGGGGUCGACGCGAGGCUCUUUGCAGACGACGGGCACCCCUGGCGGUUCUGGGAAAAGGAAGAGCACGAGGCAGCAGACUUUCGAGGCGCUGACGGAAUGCAUGGAGAAACACGACGAGCUAAUGCCGUCGACGAUGGAGAGUGCAAGCAAGCGGCAAUGCUCUAUCCAGGAAGGGGCCACCUCGCAUGAGACUGCGCAACGCGUGCUUGCGCCUUUGAAUCGCCCCCGAACCCCGGCUGCAAACGUGGCGGGGAGUUCCCAUGCAGCGGUUGAAGGUGGGACGCUGCGAUCUCCCGCGGUGGUGGCGCGCGGUGGCGCUGUGGCGGUCUCGGGAGAGGCGGUUGAAGUCCCUAAGGGAGGAGGUGGCGCGGCGGCCGGGGAAGACGACGAGGCUCUGGUGCACAGGCUGCGCGGGCAACGAGCGGCGACACAUGCGAUGGAUGCCGCCGCCAAACUUUGGGAGGAUGACAACAGAUUCUGGAACGACACACAGGGGAGCGCCAUAGUGAGGAUAAUCCAAGAAGCGCGCGCGUAUCUCGUGGCAGUGGCGCGGAGAGUGCAGCCUCCGGCUAUUCGACGGAGCAUCUCCCUUCCACACAACUCCAUCCCCCAACACAAAAUCGAGGACGAGUCGGAGCUGAACGCGGCGAAAGAGAGGGCGUUGAAAGUGCAGACAAUCUCCCUCAGGGCGAUCCACGGUUGGGUCUUCAAGUCGGAGAGCUGGCAAAGGGGGUAUCACUUGGCAUACCAAUACGCGUUGAAUCACGCUGCCACGGACAUCGCUAGAGCAAUGUGGUCAGCAGAGGACUGGCGCAGUUUGGUGAGCCCAAUGUUGUUCCGCACCACAUUGGACGUAGACAUGAAGUUGCCUUUGUGGUUCGUGGGCGUGAACAUAGUGGACAGGCACGAGGACGAUGAGUGCGGGAUUUCACAAGCGCAGUUGGCACGACAGAAGCUAUGGACGGCGGUCGAGUGUCGUACGAGCGUCUGAAGGGGAUGGCAGAGGCGAUGAGGUAUUUGCUUGCCGCCACGAUGUG